AUGGAUUUACUUCGCAAUCGACGCAAACAAGCAGCCUCAACGGAGCCCUCGAUCGAGCCCUCUAUUGAUGUAACCGUGACGUCUCUCCCUUCCCUCUCUGGUUCCGCGAGCCCUCCGGAGCCAUGGGAGGAAGUGGACAUAUCAUCUUCCGACUAUGCCCGCAGGCGCAGGGAGCUUAUGGAGAUGAUGGUUGACCUCCGAUCCAUGGGUGCUGACUCGUUGAUCGCAUUACCAUCCGUAGUCGUAAUUGGUGGCCAAUCCGCGGGCAAAAGUUCACUCGUCGAGGCCGUCAGUGGGAUCAAUGUCCCGAGAGAUAGCGGAACGUGUACAAGAUGCCCUAUGGAAUGUAACAUGUCUAGUCAUGCCACAUCGUGGUCCUGCACUAUCACUCUACGUUUCGGUUUCGAUAGUAAUGGCCUAGACCUCCAAAAGCCUACUAAUGUGCAAUUUGGCCGAACGAUCACUGAUAGAAGUGAAUUCGAAGUUUGGCUGCGUCGUGCUCAGGCAGCCAUUUUGAACCCAAACGUUCCUUCUUCGACUUUCCACACAAAGACCAUCGAAGAACUCAGGAACAUAAAAAAUACAUUAAAGUUCUCCCGCAACGUGGUGUGCGUCUCGAUUGAAGAUCCCGAUGCGACUGACCUGUCAUUCUAUGACCUACCUGAUGAUAUGGAAAAUCAACAAUCCAUGAGUCUUGCCAGGGCCGCAGACCCCAAUGGAAAGCGAACAAUUGGCGUACUUACGAAGCCCGACACGCUCGGUACUGGAGCUAUCAACCAGCGUCGCAAAUGGAUAGAAAUCAUUGAAGGUCGUUCGGAGGAGCACACACUAAGACAUGGUUUUUACUGUGUGCGUCUUCCCGAUGAUGCCGAACGUGCACAACGCCUGUCUCGUGCUGAAUCGCAAAGGCGUGCUGCUGAAUAUUUCGACACGACGUCGCCCUGGAAAGAUGUGAUCGACCGUCGUCGGUUCGGAAUUCCGGGCUUUGUCUCCGAUAUAAGCCAACUGCUCAUUCGAUUGAUCGAGGAAGCUUUGCCGCGUCUCAGAGAAGAUGUCGACGCGCUCCUCGCCAAAUGUACCAAGGACUUCGAUGAACUGCCCCCACCACUUGAAAACGACCCACAAAUUGAGGUUUUGGGACGAAUGAAUGCGUUCUGCGAUGACUUCAAGAGCUUUGCGAAUGGUAGUCACGAAGAUAAACGUCUUGCGCAGCGGAAUCGUGCUCUCUAUGCUAUUUUCAAGAGGGAUAUACGCGGCACCGCUCCUGACUUUAGGCCUUUCAAUGAUCCGGAAGACUAUGUUCCACUGGACGAUACUGAAGAGAAUAUGACUCUUACUGAGCGAGACCCAGGCGUGAAAAUGAUGGGCAUAUAUGAUAUCCGCAAGGCCAUCCAAGAGGCAAUUGGAUGGGAGCUUCCGAACAACGUGCCAUAUCAGGCAAAGGCAAACCUCAUUGCUCAAUUCACCAAACUUUGGGUUACUCCGUCUGAGCGCUGUCUUGUUGGUGUCAAUAAUGUACUUGAUCAAGUCAUCGACGCACUCAUAAGCACCCAUUUUGGACGCUUCAAAGUUCUUGAGGAAUACUUUGGCAAUUUGAUUCGAAUCCAAGUUGACAUCUGCAAGGCGCGUGCCCGAGGCGCUGUCAAAACAGCCUUGGAUCUGGAAACCACUACUCCGCACUAUACUCAGAACACGCACUAUCUUCAAACACUCCGUGAAAAAUGGUUGGGUCAUUAUAAGAGAGUUCGAAGUAGACCUUCUAUGUACAGGGCUCCCAUCCGUCACAUUGAGGAGGUCGUGGAACCCAUGGUAUCGAAACCCCGUUUGACCAAUAUCCCCAAUCGUUCAACUUCCCCAAGUCCUGAUAUCGAUUCCCCACCUCCGUUCAAGGAAUUUAUGUACAAUGGGUCUUCUAUGACUGGUCUUGUCAAGAGUCCUGGGAAGCCUAAUGGUCCCAAGUUGGAGACUCCCGAGGCCAAAGCUUUGAGGGCUCUUGCAGAAGCGGGGUAUGCGGGUCUUCGAGUUUCAGAUCUUGCACGGUUGUUACCUCCCGACUCAUUUGAGGAAGAGCUGGUUGUGAUGGCUGACGUUCGAGCCUAUUAUCACGUUGCCUACAAGGCGAGUCUCACUCAUCAUCUCCGUUUCAACGCGCUUAUCACCUCGAGCAGCGCAUCAUUGACCAUAUUCCUUUCACGAUCGAGCAUGCUCUCCAUCAUGCCCUGGCAAAACAACUUUCUACAGAGCCUUCUCACGAGCUUGCUGAGCUGA